AUGAGAGAGGGAGAGAUGGGAAGAGAGACGGAGAGAUGGGAAGAGAGGCGGAGAGCGGGGACGAGAGGCGGAGAGAUGGGAAGAGAGCGAGGACUAGAGGCGGGGAACGGGAAGGAGAGGCGGACAGAUGGGAAGAGAGGCAGAGGGCGGAGACGAGAGACGGAGAGAUGGGAAGAGAGGCGAAGCGGUGGGAAGAGAGGCGGAGAGGUGGGAAGAGAGGCGAAGCGGUGGGAAGAGAGGCGGAGAGGUGGGAAGAAAGGCGGAGAGGUGGGAAGAGAGGCGGAGAGAUGGGAAGAGAGGCGGAGAGCGGGGAAGAGAGACGGAGAGAGGGGAAGAGAGGCGGAGAGGUGGGAAGAGAGGCGGAGAGGUGGGAAGAGAGGCGGAGAGAGGGGAAGAGAGGCAGAGAGGUGGGAAGAGAGGCGGAGAGGUGGGAAGAGAGGCGGAGAGGUGGGAAGAGAGGCAGAGAGGUGGGAAGAGAGGCAGAGAGGUGGGAAGAGAGGCGGAGAGGUGGGAAGAGAAGCGGAGAGAGGGGAAGAGAGGCGGAGAGAUGGGAAGAGAGGCGGAGAGGUGGGAAGAGAGGCGGAGAGAUGGGAAGAGAGGCGGAGAGGUAGGAAGAGAGGCGGAGAGAGGGGAAGAAAGGCGGAGAGGUGGGAAGAGAGGCGGAGAGAUGGGAAGAGAGGCGGAGAGGUGGGAAGAGAGGCGGAGAGAUGGGAAGAGAGGCGGAGAGAUGGGAAGAGAGGCGGAGAGAUGGGAAGAGAGGCGGAGAGGUGGGAAGAGAGGCGGAGAGAAGGGAAGAGAGGCGGAGAGAUGGGAAGAGAGGCGGAGAGAUGGGAAGAGAGGCGGAGAGGUGGGAAGAGAGGCGGAGAGGUGGGAAGAGAGGCGGAGAGAGGGGAAGAGAGGCGGAGAGAUGGGAAGAGAGGCGGAGAGGUAGGAAGAGAGGCGGAGAGGUGGGAAGAGAGGCGGAGAGAUGGGAAGAGAGGCGGAGAGAGGGGAAGAGAGGCGGAGAGGUAG